CCCUGCAUUCACUAUAUCCGCUCUCCCCGGACCCUGCAUUCACUAUAUCCGCUCUCCCCGGACCCUGCAUUCACUAUAUCUGGUCUCCCCGGACCCUGCAUUCACUAUAUCCGGUCUCCCCGGACCCUGCAUUCACUAUAUCCGCUCUCCCUGGACCCUGCAUUCACUAUAGCCGGUCUCCCCGGACCCUGCAUUCACUAUAUCCGCUCUCCCUGGACCCUGCAUUCACUAUAUCCGGUCUCCCCGGACCCUGCAUUCACUAUAUCUGGUCUCCCACAGUACACAGAACCUUACAUUGGUAAUCAAUAGAAAGGAUGCUUCUUACAUUGGUGGACAGUGGGAAGAAUGCCUUUUUACACUGAUGGUCAGUGGGAAGAAUGCUCCUUACAUUGGUGCUCAGUGUGAGGAAUGCCCAAUAUAUCAGUGGCCAGUUGG